UUUUAAUCGAAUUGCCAGAUUUAUUGACACAGUGUCAUAGAUUAAAUACCACCCUUAACAGAAUGGGGAUUGAGCACUGAAACAAGUUUAAAGUUUAGAAAACGGCUACUGUUGCAUGCAGAUGUGGACGCAACUGCAGUCCAUGCAGUUCUGAUUAUCAUGAAAUGCAAGUAUCUUGACAUCAUGAACUCUGACAUUAGGACAUUUGACUUCAGAGGUCACAAGGGCUCCAAGAAGAAUCAUUAAAGCAGAUACAUUAAAGAAGGUGAGUAACAAAAUUGAGCUGGACUCGCAAGCAGACGACCAGAAUUGCAUAAAGCUGAUUUUCUCACCUCUAGGCUUCUCAUUAAAAUUGUGCAUACUUUUUAUGAAGCUCCUUUUACAGCCUGCAGGAACACUAAUUCACAAAGUAUUAUAGGGACACUCUAAAUUAUGCAGUGCAUAUUCCAACCAUCAGGAAGGAUUACUUAAAGCUUUCAGUUAAAUUCUCCAGCCAUCAAGGCACCAUGUUUGUCCAACCGUUCUGGAAGUUGCAUCUCAGAAGACCCUCAUCACUGAACUCUGCUUAUCUCAAUAACAUUUUAUGCAAUUUUGCUCGGUGGACUCUCUGAUUUAUUUAAUCAGAGAGUACAAUAAAAGAAUCACAUAUGGCAGAUUACCAUAUUAUCCGAGCGCAUGCGUUUUCUUUUCCAAAAGGGAGGUAUCAACUCUCGCUUCUUUGUACAAUAUCCAUGGUAAUAUCCGAUAUUUUCAGUGCACCCUCUGGACCAUUUAUGUAGACUAGUCUUAUACAACCAUGUGUCCCUGCUUAAAAUUCUGAUCACAUAUACAGCAGGGAACACUAAAAGUGAUACUCUUACACAAUGGGAGUGAACACAACAAUGUGGUGUUGGGUUAGUUAAGGUUUAGAUGUGUAUUUAUGGCAAAAUGCCAAAAGUAGCAAAGUACGCUGUAUUUGACUCAUAGAUACCAAAUCUGUACGUGACAAGCCAAGAAAAAGAAUCAGAGGAGGUAUAGUGUGAUAUGGCCUGAUGUCAGAAUGUCUCCUAACAGAAAGUUUCACAAAGGUGUUUUUUUUAAUCUGUUUAAUAUCAUUCUUAGAUUAUUGUGGAGUAUCUACAUUACAUGUUAGUGAUUUAGGCAUUAGAAAAAAAUAAUUAGUCCCCCCAGAUUUUUUUUGCGUUUUUACGGCUAAAAAUGCUUGAUUUUGCUGCAGCUUAACCAAAAUUUAAUUUAAUUUAAUUUUUUUUUUGGAGAAAACUACUUGAAUUACUAAAAAUGAAAGCCACAACCAGUGGAGACACAUAUUUACAUUUUAUGGGAGCUGUAUUCAUGUUCAUGUUUAUACGUACAUGAAUAGAAAGAGUGCUUUGACUGAGUAUACAUUGUGAUGAUGUCACAUGUUUGCAAAAAACCUGUUGUAAAUAAGAAAAAUCGCUAACUCCUGAAUAUUGUGGAGUCUUGCUUGAUUUUGCAUUUAUUUCUGUGAUUGAAAAAUUGCAAAAUCCUUAUAUGUUAAUGUAUUAGAAGCAUUCAUAUAAACCUGUCAUUUGAAUCAUAGCCAUCACUAUUGGCAAAGCCAUGGUAUCUAAAAGUCAUCAAUGCUGUCUGACCAAUCUGAUUUAAGAGUUCAGCAAGCUAUUAGCAAUUCUCUAUAAUCCUUCUAAUUCCUUAAUUAAUAAAGUACUUGUAUGUAUACAAAUACAUAAGUUACUUAAUAAGAUUUGAAAAGUGCUGAUUUUGCUCUGGUGAAAAUGAUUUGAAAUUAAAAUGCACAGUGUAUGAGGCCUUCCAAGUCAAAUAAACACAAAUUUCUGACAUGACAGAAAAUUUAAUUGGAUGUCACAUAGCAUGAUGCAAUUUCCCCUAAAGGUUGAGUCAUGCAGUGUGAGAAGCAGUCAAAUGAACAUUUCACUCAUCAUAUAAUAUAAGCCGGGGUUUGUUCUAGAGCCAGGACAACAUAUACUGUAUGGGCAGAAGGGUAAAAGCAGUAAGAGUUGUUAGGUGGAUUGGAUUGUGUUAUGAUUUGUGAUGAAAGAGUGAUUUGUCAAACGUCUAAAGGAACAGCACCAGUUUGUGUAUUCUAAAUGACAAGGAAAAUAAAUAGUACACUUCUCCUUGAGUAAUUCUGUACAGCAGAGCUUGACUUUCUAAAUAAAUAGAAUAGCAGCAUUAAUGUUUUCCAUCCCAUGCCAAAAGCACAAAUUCACUGGUCCUCACUGAAUUAGAUGCAGUGUUAUAAAAUAAAAGAGAGCUCAAAAUGUUCCUAUACUAUUACUGUAUGUGAAUUAUAUGCGUCACAUUGACACACAUGGAGUGUUUUGUAAGAGAAUAAUGCUCCUGUUAAUUGUUCCAUAUCAGUGCAUUUUGUAAAUGAAGUGUACAUCACUUAUUGAAGUGAACUAGAGCAUUGCUAGCCCUUUAAGAGCUUGAGCUGGCUGUGAUUGGAGCAGCUGCAUGAGGUUAAACACGGCGAGGGGCUCAGAGCAGCCGUUCAGUGCUGGAUCCAAUCAGACAGGUUGCACCUGCACUGUACAGAUGUUCCAAAGUCACACACUCAUAUACACACACAUUCAGAUACAGAGCACACACUGAAAGACUGAAGCCAUAAACACGCACUUGGAAAGUUUGACUCUGGAGCCAUGAGUGUGGUGAGAGAAACAACAUCACUGACCCAACCAUUGACAUCCUCCAAACGGCACAAAAGUGUGAGAAAGAGCUCCAGGAAGAUCUACAAUUCUUACCAGGAAAAUCCAGUGUAAGUCUGAAUUUUUCACUCUCAGUACUUCAUUUGAAAAUGACAUAAUUUAAACUAUCUUUAUGAGUAGUGCUCAGACUAAGCCAUUCUGUGAAAAAUACAUUUUCUUUUUCACACUUCAUGCAAUUACCAUAUUACCAUUCAUUCAAUAUACAUGCAUCUCAUAUUAUUUGUUAAUAAUUAUUUUUUUUUGUUUGUUUUUUUGUGCCAAUUGUUGCCUUACAUUCAGUCAGUACAGAACUGACUAUACAUAUCUUUACUACAUUUAUAAGACCCCUAAAGUAUUCUUGGGAUCUUAUAAAAGUAUGUUUUAAAUCUUUAAAAUAAAAGUCAUUAUAAUUACCAAUUUGUACAUUUAUUAUCUACCUUAAUUUGUAAUCAAUACUUGAUGUCAUAAAUAGACGUUUUCUGUUAUUCUAAAGUUGGUAGUAUAGAAUAGUUUAUAGAUUUAAUCUCUGUGGUACAUUUCUUGACUUUAGGUUCAAGCAAAAAUCUAUUAAAGCAAAUGAUUUGAAUUUAUUCCACUCUUUCAAAUCAAACUUCUGAUGCAACUACUGUCCUCCAGAUCCUCUGAUGAUGAAGACAAGGAUGAAGAGCGGGUGGACAGUAAUGAUCCUGAGGAAAUGUUCCAGAAUAUUCAGUACCAGAAGGAAAUCAUCGCCAACAUUCGAACACGACCAUGGCCAAUGAGACGCAAGCUCAAAGUCUUAAAGCAGGCCAGGGAGAUUGUGCUGAAGUAUGAAGGUAGGCUGACAAGGACUCGAGGAUACCAGGCUGCAGGAGCAGACCUGUUAAAGAAGAUCUCAAGAGUUCUCUACAAUGUCCUAGUACUGUUCAUCCCCUGGGAAAUGCGGAUUAAAAAGAUUGAAAGUCACUUUGGUUCCGGUGUGGCUUCGUAUUUUAUUUUCCUACGGUGGCUAUUUGGGAUUAACAUCGUCCUCACAAUUAUGACUGGUGCUUUUAUUGUCCUUCCUGAGCUUCUUGCUGGAGCUCCUUUUGGCACCACACGUAGCAAAACUAUCCCAAGGGACCAAAUCUCUUCAGCUCAGGACCUUGACACCAUCUGGUCACUCGGGGGUUACCUGCAGUAUUCUGUGCUUUUCUAUGGCUAUUAUGGAAACGUGCGUAAGAUCGGCAGUGCCGGAUAUCGCCUGCCCCUGGCCUACUUUCUUGUUGGGAUGGCUGUUUUUGCCUACAGCUUCAUCACUCUGUUAAGAAAAAUGGCAAAAAAUUCACGGUUGAGUCUAUCCAGUGCUUCCAGUGAGAACUACACGUUUUGCUGGCGAAUCUUCUGUGCCUGGGACUACCUGAUCGGCAAUCCUGAGGCUGCUGAGAGCAAAGGAGCAGCAAUAGUCAAUAACAUCAGGGAGGCCAUUGUGGAAGAGCAAGAGAAGAAGAAGGAGAUCAGCCUAGCAGUUUUAAUCAGCUUGCGGAUUCUGGCCAACAUCCUGGUCUUGCUCUCACUGGCAGGCAGCAUCUACAUUAUCUACUUUGUUGUGGAUCGCUCACAGAAGCUGGAGCAGGAGAAAGCAGAGCUAACCCUGUGGGAAAAGAACGAGGUGAGUGUAGUCGUCUCCCUCAUUACUAUGAUUGCCCCCUCUGCCUUUGAGCUUGUGUCGCAGUUGGAGAUGUACCACCCAAGAACUAGCCUUCGUUUCCAACUUGCCAGGGUGCUGGUGUUGUAUCUUGGAAAUCUCUAUAGUCUGAUAAUCGCCCUGUUGGACAAAGUGAACAGCAUGAGCUCUGAUAUUCCAGGGAACUGGUCUGACUCCACAUCUUACCUGGCCACCAUUUCCCAGCCUGCAGAGACCAACCUGUCCACCAUCGUCCCAGAGAUCACUGAAGGAAGGAAUAGCACUGUCACCAUGGCAAUAAUGGACCUGAACCAUACCACCUACAAUGUAAAGCAUAGUUUUAUGUCUGGAAGAUCAGCACCAGUCCUUACUGGAAUGAAUCACACCAUACUAUAUGAAUACAAUGGCAAAAGCCAGCAGGAUCAGUGCUGGGAGACUUACGUUGGGCAGGAAAUGUUGAAGCUCUCAAUCAUUGACAUGAUCUUCACCGUGGCUAGCAUUUUGCUGAUCGAUUUUAUCCGGGGCCUGGUGGUUCGAUACCUGAGCGACUGCUGCUGCUGGGAUUUGGAGAGCAAAUUUCCGGAAUAUGGUGAAUUCAAGAUAGCUGAAAAUGUCCUACAUCUAAUAUACAACCAGGGAAUGAUAUGGAUGGGGGCCUUCUUCUCACCCUGCCUGCCUGCCUUCAACGUGAUGAAGCUUAUCGGACUCAUGUACCUGAGAAGCUGGGCUGUGCUCACCUGCAACGUUCCUCAUCAGCAGGUCUUCCGAGCCUCCAGAUCUAAUAAUUUCUACCUGGCCAUGCUCCUAUUUAUGCUCUUCCUCUGCAUGCUACCAACUAUCUUUGCGAUUGUGAGGUACAGGCCUUCGCAGCACUGCGGACCUUUUAGUGGUCAAGAAAAGAUCUAUGACAUCAUUUCUGAGACAAUAGACAAGGACUUCCCUGUGUGGUUUAGUAAGGUGAUGAGUUAUGUCACAAGUCCUGUGGUGGUUCUGCCAGGCCUCUUGCUUCUCUUCAUGCUCAUCUACUACCUGCAGUCCAUUGCCAGGUCUCUCAAAUUCACCAACAACCAGCUACGAAUGCAGCUUCAGACAGAACGCACAGAUGACAAGAAGAAAGUGUUUCAGUUGGCUGCAGUAGCACGUCUCCAGCCUCCUGAGGGUGUUGAGCAAAAGACUGAGCAGGAGAGUGACAUCACAAGCAUGGAGUCACCAGCUCGGUCUGCUUCACCUCCACGUCGCAACGGCAGCAUCAACAAAAUCCUUUCACCUGGCCGUCAUAGCAACAGCAUUCGCACGAUUGCUCAGUCAGCCUCUCGGCCUGAAGACAGGAGUCCCUCCGUCCUUGUGAGACCCAAGCCUAGCAGUGCUUACAGAGUAUUCAGCAGUCCGUCCGUUCCACAAAGGGAGAUUCAAAGGGUGGAGUACAUCCCCAUCAGGCAUCCUGCCUAUCCAGGCCGCUCCAAAUCAUACCAUCAUAUGGCCUACAAUCCUUCUGUGCGUUUCUCUGAGAGUGUACACUCAGACCCAGUGUUCAGGAAGAGCCUCAGGCCCAUGCACCCGGAGCCUGGUAUUGUCACAGCACAGAGCUAUCUGGGCCGGCAUGCUCACACCACCCGGUAUGUCAUCCUAAAUGAGCAUGAACCACGCAAAAAGAUUGUGCGUUCAACCAUGCGUCUGCCAAGGCAUUAUCGAGUGGUGGAUGAGCCGACAGAGAUCGUGGAGCUUUACCCUCGUAAUGUAAAGUGCUACAUUCCAAGGAGUCAGCAGCCACAUCUUAGCGAAGAAGAGGAGGAAGAUGAAGCUAACGACAGUGGAAAGAGAGGGUCAUUAGGGCACUCGCACCGGCCGAAGUCGCUCUCUGAUCUUCAUCAGAGAUCACCAGCACGCUUUUACAUUGGUGAAACUCUUGACAGUCGUCUAGCACGAAGAGUGUAUGGAGAGAAAGAAGAAGAUGCUUACCCCGAGUGGGAGGAGGAAGGCCCUCGUAGCCGAUGCCGGACAAAUAUUAAAGUCACGGAAACACCACACAGGCAUGGAGAACCUCACGUCAAGCCUAAGAACAAACGCAAAGGGGAGCCGUCACUGACCGAGUCGGAUUCAGCCUCGUUGGAGUCCAGCAGUGACCAGCAGAACAGCAGCACUGACCAGUACAUCCAAGUCAUCCACAACAAAGAGAAAUACCUUAAACACAACACUAAAAUGACUAAAAAGAAGUCGAAAACUAUCGCUGAUGUGAACAUGACUGGCUCAAAAGAUCUUGUGUUCUCAAAUGUUUGACUACAAAUAUUGCUUAUGUUAUAACAACACUGAAAAUUCCAGUAGUUGUGUUUUAAAGCACAUAUUGUAGGUCAGACUACAGCAGGCAUAAUGUAUGUCCUAUGUGUUUUGCAAAUGUAAAACAUAAUUUAUUCUGUAUAUAGUAUUAUAAAGUGAUAUUAAGAAUUAUAUAUAUAGUAUGUAGUCAAAAACUAAUUUAAACUGAAUCUGCCUGUGGCUUAAAAGUGCAAAUACCUAUGAUAGAAAGAAGUUAUUUUUUUCAGAUCACAAAUAAUUAAAAAUUUUGAUUGAAAUAUACAAACUGAAUAAAGGUAAGUGCUAAUCGUUGUUUCUUUAUGAUAGAAGAACCACAUACUUUGUAAACUAGAUAUAAUGAAACAUAUACAUGAGAACUAUACAUGCCUAUUAUAUGCUAAUUUAUUAUAUUAUAAUAUUAUAUGCCACUUUUUCUAAAUUACGUAGCAUUCAAUUAAGGACAACUGUGACCAUAUUUUUGAGCUUUUUUCACAUUUUGGACAAUAUUUUACAGCAUCUAGUCAUUUAUUUUUUUUCAUCUACAACCCAAAUAGUGCUUUUUCCAUACCUGUCUGCACUUUGCUUGUGAACAACAUAGGGACCUAUUAUACAACAGUUCUAAAGGGUGCAUGAGUUUAGAAGCUGAGCAGAGAGAAAAAAUGGAGCCACCAACUUCAUGCUUCAUUACUCAGCCAAAAUCAUUUGCAAAUGCAAGGCGGUGACCAGUGAAACCAGGUUUUAUAAACAAUGUGCAUGAAUUCUAAUAAACAAGAUUGAUUUGGGUGGAUUGAAGUCAUUAAAACAUCCAGAUGCUAACUCCUACAAGAUGGGUUUGCAAAUUGUUGAAUUAUACAUUUUUUAAAGAACUGUAUGACAAUGUUGGCAAAAUGGAGGCAAAUAAAAUGUGAAUAAUUU